AAAAAAUUCGCACAUUGCCAACUUGCUUCCUACUCCUAGCACCGAAAACCAAGGGUACUAAUCAGGGGUCGAGUAGACAACCUGAAGCUUAAAAUAAGGCAAAUAUGCAGGUAGCUGCGGUAUUAUUUGUGGUACUUUUUGCCGGAUUCUCUGCCGACGCUGCUAUUUACUUUAAAGAACAAUUUCUUGAUGGAGAUGCAUGGAGCAGUCGCUGGCUGGAAUCCAAACACAAAUCAGACUACGGGAAGUGGAAGCUGACUUCUGGAAAGUUCUUCGGAGAUGCUGAGAAAGAUAAGGGUCUCCAAACCAGCCAGGAUGCACGAUUCUACGCUCUUUCUUCUCGCUUUGAGCCUUUCAGUAAUGAAGACAAGGCACUUGUGAUCCAGUUCACUGUGAAACAUGAGCAGAAGAUUGACUGUGGGGGUGGCUAUGUGAAGGUCUUCCCUGCAGACCUGGAUCAGGCCGCCAUGCAUGGAGACUCUCAGUACUACGUCAUGUUUGGGCCUGAUAUUUGUGGCUACAGCACAAAGAAGGUUCAUGUCAUCUUCAACUACAAAGGCAAGAAUCAUCUCAUAAAGAAGGAAAUCAAGUGCAAGGACGAUGAGUUGACGCACCUUUACACUCUCAUUCUGCGACCUGACCAAACCUACGAGGUCAAAAUCGACAACGAGAAGGUGGAGUCGGGGACCCUGGAAGAAGACUGGGACUUCCUGCCCCCGAAACAGAUCAAGGACCCUGAGGCAAAGAAGCCAGAGGACUGGGACGAUCGUGCCAAAAUCGAUGACCCCACGGACAGCAAGCCCGAGGACUGGGAGAAGCCAGAGAACAUUCCCGAUCCUGAUGCCAAAAAGCCUGACGAUUGGGAUGAGGAAAUGGACGGCGAAUGGGAACCACCCAUGAUCCCCAAUCCUGAGUACAAGGGGGAGUGGAAGCCAAAACAGAUUGAUAACCCCGACUACAAAGGCGCAUGGGUCCAUCCUGAAAUUGACAACCCUGAGUACACGCCCGAUUCCUCCAUUUACAAGUUUGACAACAUCGGAGUGUUGGGACUGGACCUGUGGCAAGUGAAGUCUGGCACCAUCUUUGACAAUUUCCUCAUCACUGAUGAUGUAACUGCUGCGGAAGAGUUUGGAACUGAGACGUGGGGAGCUACUAAGGAGCCCGAAAAGAAGAUGAAGGAGAAACAAGAGGAGGAAGAGAGGAAACAGACAGAGGAGAAAAGUAAGAAGGAUGACGAGGAAGAUGAAGAUGAGGAAGAUGAUGGGGAAGAUGAGGAGGAUGAAGACGAGGAGGGAGAAGAGGAGACAACAGAUGAGCCCAGCCCAACAGAAGAGGAUGAAGAAGAACUGCCCAAAGAUAUAAAAGAUGAACUGUAAAAUGGCACACACAGGGGAGAUUGGGUAGCGUUUUCUUUGGUCCAGGUCCACACACCUUGACUAAUGCCACUUGGACUUCGCCCCUUCCUGUGGCAGUAUGUUUUGUUUUUUUAUGUUUUUUUUAUUUUCUUUCUUUAUUUUUUUUAAAGGGAAGGCAUGGGAUAGGGGAGAGAAUGUUGGUGUUUUUAUUGAUUUAUACAAAUUACAUUCAGGCUGGGGGUUGCUGGGGGUGAAGUGAUUUAUUUUAUUUUAUUUUUAAACCAGUGUCCUCCCUCAUAUGCCCUGGGGUGUCCUAAAAUGUAAAGAGUGCUCCGGUUUCUGCAUUUCCGUAGUGCUCUCCACGAUUUCGGCCAUCAAUAAACUGCCCUGGUUUCAGAGCUCAGGCUCUUCGAUUCCAACCAAUGUAUCGGUCGGUGGCAGAUUGCAGGUUGAGUUUACUCAAAAGCAUUUUCUGUUGACAGAGUGUAGAACUCAAGCUUGUUGACUGGCAAAUGUUGAACUUUUUCCUCUUUAGCAACCGAGCUGGCAGGGUUUACAAUGUUCAGUUUACUGCAGCAAUUCCCAGAAACUCUGUCCGAUCCAGUCUUUCUGACAUGAAAAAUCCAAGGCUUUUUAAUAAAGAUUAUGAAGAAUCAAGACAUUGACACAAAGUACUGAAUCACUGAGUCACUGAGUCACUGAGGAACUGGUUCUCUGUGAAUCAUUCCUUCCAAUUUUGUAUAUAUGGAAUCACUUGUUUUUCUGAUGGCGAAUUCCAAAAAGAAAUAUUUUUUAUUUCUUGUUUUAUGUUCAUGAGAUUAUAGUUUCCCUUUUUACAGGUCUUGAAUGGCCAUGGCUGUGAAUGUCUUUGGGCUUGUGGGAUGGAUACUUCUUGGCCCACUGUGUGAAGUACUUUGUUUUCAUUGUCUGUAAAUUUUUUAUAUAUAAAUUUUCAUUCCUCGA